AUGUCACCACCGCACUCGCUCAAGCGCACGCGCUCACACUGCGCGAUCAAGAGCGACGUGCCCACGAGCACCAACAGCAACGCGGUCGUGUGGGACUGCACGAGAAAAAAGAACAAGACGCCCAUUCGACCACCACGAGCGUUUCUCGCGUCCCUCGUUGCAUACGAGCCACACAUGCUGUCCACAUGUUCGACUGCCACAGACUAUUGCAGUCGUCACUCGCUCGUCACGAUCGACAACAACUGCAACGACAACUGCAACGGGAACGGGAACGGCAACGAGAACUGCAACGAGAACUGCAACGGAAACGGAAACGGCAACGAGAACGGCAACGGAAACGACAACGAGAACGGCAACGGAAACGAGAACGGCAACGGCAACGAGAACGGCAACGGUGACGUAUCUGCUGCUAAGAUGGUUGCAUUUGUGCUCGAGUACCUCCAAGACAUGGCACAGUGCUGCCACUACGUCGUCUCGUUGAGCUUUGCCGAGCUGCGCCAUUUGUUGCAGUCGUUUCCUUUUGCUAUGCGACACAUGCAUCACAUUGUCAAGGCCCGCCUUGGCCAGCUGUCCUGGCCACUUGUCGCAGCGAUCGCGCAUAACGUCGCGGCUUUUGUCUGCGACGACGACCUCCGCGACGCGACCGUGGGCGAACUCGCGGCGUUCUUAGAGACGUGGAAACUGACAGCGCCGUCUGGCAACGUGUGUGCAGAUGUGAUUGGCUUCUUCCAGGACGCGUUGCAGCAGUUUAAACUCUUUUUGACCACUCAGUGGCUUCAGAGCGGUCGCCUGGGCUUCCCGUGCGAAUUUGGCAAAAAGUCCGACGUGCUGUUCUUGUGCAUGGAGUGCCAUCGCGAGCACAUGUGA